CACUUUCCAGAUUGAAGAACGAACAUUCAAAAGGAAGGAUUUCAAAAAGACAGCACGCAAGCAAGAAAGAAAUCCUGCGAAUUGUUAACACUCAAGAAUACAAAUCCUAUAUUUCAGUUUCAUUAACUGAAAAAUUAAUAAGUUCAAGAAGAGGACAAUAAUCCCAAUAUUUUUUCUUUGUUAUCAAUAUUGAAUAGUAUGUAGUCAUUUAAUCUGUAGAACAAUGUCGUUUUGUGUUGAUUUAUUAGAGGUAACUCAGUACUUUAAAAGUGUAUCAAGAUGAAAAGAUUUUUGAAGAAUUAGGUAACUCAGUACUUUAAAAGUGUAUCAAGAUGAAAAGAUUUUUGAAGAAUUGAAGAGUUUGAAGAGAAAGAAGAAAGGAUCAAACCUUGAAGAACUCAUAUAUGAGAAGAAAGAAGAAGAGGAAAAGUAAGGGCUGAAUGUGAACUAGAACAAAACCAGUGAAGACAAGAAGAAAGAAGAUCCAGUUAUUCGCAAAAACACUUAUUUUUUAUAUAAAAAUUGAAAGAAUUAAUUUUUUUGCAAAUUGUAGAAAUGAAUGACUAACAGUUCAACUUAAUUCAUAAUUUUAUAGGGAAAUCAAUGAAACUGCAAGUUAUAAUGAACAAACAGCUGAAUUCGUUCAAGAACUUAGGAAAAAAUUGUUCCUCCUCCAUGACUAUAAUACACAUGUGGCAAAGGUUGUCUAUACUUAUCCUACAUCAAAAGAAAUAUAUGAACUACUUGGUAAAUAUGUCGCUUUGGAAAGCGAAGUACUUUAUAAAAAUGAACAUACUUUCAAAUAUGAGAAAGAGGUCGAAAGUAGAGUAUUUAAUACUAUAGUAUGUUUUCUCAAGAGAUUUUUUUCAACAGAAUAUGAUUUAAAUGAUGAGAGAACACAUAUAUUUAAUGAAGCACUUAAAGUUUUUGUGUCAUAUGUUGAAGUCAAGUAUACUCAUGAUGAAGAUAAAUUUCCUGCCAGAAUUCUGAAGAAUAUAUUAGAUAACUUAGGAUUAAUAAAAAAGUCAACUGAUAAUCCCAGCGGUCAUUUAGAUCUCAAUAACCCUUCAUUAAUCAGAUUAAAAGAGUCAUUGAAGGAUAGUGAUUAUGGAUCAGACGAUGAUGGUCAAGAAACUGCUUCUGUAUCAUCCGAGGCAUCAUUCAGGACUAUCCUUUCUAGAAGAACUUACGAAAAGGAAUUAAAGAAAGAAAUCUCUAAUGAUAAUGUGGACAUCUGCAACGCAACAUCAACCGAUACACUAAAAGAUACAUCAAAUUCCCUUGUAUCAUUACAGGGUUCAAAUGAAAGUAUUAAUAACAUUUUGGUUAAUGAAACCAAUGAAUCAUCCCAGAGUUCCUCAAUAGAUUGCCAAAACACUGAAGAAAAUAAAAGUGAUCUUAAACCACUAUGUAAUUCUUCAGGUAGUCAAUCAUUACCAAAUUUCCCCACUUCCAACGAAGUAUUUUCUUCAAUCUCAAAGAACGACAGAAAUUUCUACUUUGAUUUUAAUGUAGAUGAUGAUAUAGAAAGUAUCACAUGGUCUGUAAGUAAGCCCCAAUUGAGACAAAAUCCCACAAGUAGCAACAAAAUUAAUCAUCAAUCUAAAACAGGUAGGAAUAAAGCAGGGGAUAAAAGAAAUAUCGAAUAUAGAAUAUAUGAUACAAUUGCAAUUGUUAGUACUGAUGAGGAGGAAGAUGAUUUUGAGGAUAAUCUUACUGAUUUUGAUGCUUUAGAAUUAAGAUUGGAAGAACAAAAAAAGACACAGAGUUUAUUGAAUGCCCUCAAAAAUAAAUCAAUUGAAGAACAUUUGAAGGAUAAAACUAAUCAAGUAAAAGGAAAAAAAGAUAAUUUAGCUACUGUUAGUUAUGGAGAAUUAUCACUGACUCGUUCAGAUAGAGCUAUUUCUAUCAAAGAAGAAAGUUCUGAUGAAUGUAAUCAGCAUAAUAUCACCAGAAAUAUUAACUAUAUAGAAUUGAAUGAUAGUCGCAAAACUAUCAAUGCAGAAGUAGUCAUAGAUAUAAGUUCCUCAGAUGAGGAAGAGCAAACACACAUGGAACUGAAAGAAAAAACUAUUACAAAUGAUAUAGAUGUAAAUGAAGUGAUUCAUGAGAACAAUUCAAUAAAUAAUACUCAGACACAAAUGUCUACUUCUUUUGUGACAAAUACAUGCACUACUCUGGAAUCAUUGUCCUCAAAUCAUUCAAAGGAAAGAAUAUCAAUUGACGAUAACAUUGACAUUGAGGCUGCAAAGAAUAGGUCGUUAUUGCCAAAGGAAAACAUUUUCUCUAGAUCUCUAGAUGAACUAACAACGGUUGGAAAUCUCACAGAAUCUUAUAAGGAUUGUUAUUUUUUGAGAACUCCUGAAAAGUCUGAUAAAAACUGUAAAGAUGCAGGAGAUGCAGUGCACAGGUCAACUUCUUUGUCACAAUCUUUAUUUAUUGAUUUAUGCUCACCAGAAAAAUAUGUUGAAAAUAAUUCUCACACAGAGCUUGGCCCAAGUAACAUCUUGAAGAAUACCAAAAAGAGUCUGACAGAAACGGAUGUUGACACUCAAAUGAUUAUCAGUAGAAAUGAUACCAAAAAAAUUCCUCAAAAAAAGAAUUCGAAAACAUUCAAUGUUAGAAGUGAGGAAUUGAUUUCCAAUUGUGAAGCACCAUCAGAAAAAACAAUGACUGAUAAUAACCUUGAUCAAUUAACAUCUUCGAACUUAUUUUCAUAUGAAGAGCAAGGUAUUCCAUUGCAGAAUAAUGAAUCAGAUAAAAAGUCUGAUAACAACUGUAAAGAUGCAGGAGAUGCAGUGCACAGGUCAACUUCUUCGUCACAAUCUUUAUUUAUUGAUUUAUGCUCACCAGAAAAAUAUGUUGAAAAUAAUUCUCACACAGAGCUUGGCCCAAGUAACAUCUUGAAGGAUACCGAAAAAGGUCUGACAGAAACGGAUGUUGACACCCAAAUGAUUAUCAGUAGAAAUGACACCAAAAAAAUUCCUCAAAAAAAGAAUUUGAAAUCAUUCAAUGUUAGAAGUGAGGAAUUGAUUUCCAAUUGUGAAGCACCAUCAGAAAAAACAAUGACUGAUAAUAACUUUGAUCAAUUAACAUCUUCGAACUUAUUUUCAUAUGAAGAGCAAUGUAUUCCAUUGCAGAAUAAUGAAUCAGAUAAAAAGUCUGAUAAAAACUGUAAAGAUGCAGGAGAUGCAGUGCACAGGUCAACUUCUUCGUCACAAUCUUUAUUUAUUGAUUUAUGCUCACCAGAAAAAUAUGUUGAAAAUAAUUCUCACACAGAGCUUGGUCCAAGUAACAUCUUGAAGGAAACCGAAACAGGUCUGAAAGAAAUGGAUGUUGACACUCAAAUGAUUUUGAGUAAAAAUGAUACCAAAAAAAUUCCUCAAAAUAAGAAUUUGAAAACAUUCAAUGUUAGAAGUGAGGAAUUGAUUUCCAAUUGUGAAGCACCAUCAGAAAAAACAAUGACUGAUAAUAACCUUGAUCAAUUAACAUCUUCGAACUUAUUUUUAUAUGAAGAGCAAUGUAUUCCAUUGGAGAAUAAUGAAUUAGAUGUCACAAUAGAAGGAAAUGAAAGUAGUAAAAAUACUAGCAAAAAUUUAUCACAGGAUGAGAAUAAAAUCAUUGACAUUGGAGCGUUCCAUGAAGACAAUUCAACUGAAGAAAUAUCACAAGUUGAUAUAUUAUCUGCACUUAUAUAUAAUGGAAAAAAUUCAAUGAAAGGUGACAUUGUUGAAACUACUACAGACUCUGAAUCAAAUAAUGAAGCACUACCUUCAAGUUUAGAACCUCUAUUGAUUGAAUCUGAGUUGUUAGAAAUUAAUACUGAAGAAAAAAAUUCUGAUAAGGAAACAAAAAUGAGUAGAAACUUGCUUGAAAUGAAAAAAUCGGCACAUGAGAAUUCAAAUAUAUUAAGGACCGAAAUGAUGAAUUCAACAUCAGCUUAUUCAUCUUUCAAUGUAGAAAUGCAGAAUAACGACAAUAUCACUUCACUUUCAGCCCUUGCAAGUCCUGAAAAUGAAGAUAAAAUUAUUAAUUUGGAAAAACAAGAAGGUUGUGAUAAUAUCUCACGAUAUGGGUCCUCGUCAUUUUUUGUACAAAAUGCUGACAUAUUAUCUAAUCACCAAACGAUCAUUGCAACAAUAGCUUCUCCACAACUCAAAAAUUCUGACAAUGUUGACGAGGUAUCUGAAACCGACAUUAUUAGAUCAGAUUCAACUUCAACAAUUAAUUUUCAAGAUGAUAGUUUAGGCAAUUUGUUGAUUGAUGAAAAUCCACAUAUAACUUCUCCCGACAAUGAAGCAAAUUUGGAAAAUAAUGGAAAUGAAAGAGUAAAAAAUUUUGUUGAAGCAGAAUUUCAAGCUUCUUCAGAAUUAUUACUCACCAAAAAUUAUUCAGGCAACACUGACGAUGAGAAAUUCAAUAAAAAAGAUAAUGAAUCAUUUUCCUCCAAAGAUGAAGAAGCAAUAAUUAGAAUUGUAGAGGAUUCUACCCACAUGAAAAUAAUUGAAGAUAAAGAUUCGGUUGUUGAUGUUUUCCACUAUACAGAGGUUGAACCUGCUUCAUCUGAUACUUCAUAUUCAGAAAAUAAAAUUCUUCCAACAAAGGAAGUAGAGAAUUUGGAGAAUAUUAAUGAAAUUAGCUGUUCUGUUGAUUCCAAACACAAGGCUGAUGAGAAACUGAUCAUAGAAGUUGAGAAAUUAACCAUAACACCAACUGACAAGAAUCGAAAAAGUGAAACUUCAUUUUCUAAUAUAACAGAAAAAUCAGUUUCAAUAACUGAAUCAAAUGAAGUUACAAAUAGAAAUGAAGUUAGUCAAGAACAGAGUGGAACAUUUGAUGGCACCUGGUUCACUCAUGAAGGAAAUGAACACUCAGAAAAACACAUUUCCUCUACUAAUUAUUUGACUGAAGAGAAACAUCCGAAUUUUGUAGAAGAUAAUAGACCUCAAGAAAAGAUACCAUUCGAUGAUGAAUGUACAUCUUCUAUAUUAGGGGAGAAAGAAAUUCAACAAAAUUCGGAAGAAAAAUUAGUUAUUUCACCCCUUCCAGCUAUGACUAAAAGCAGGUGCGCAGAUUCUCAUAAUGUUGUUGGUAACCUUGGUAAAGUUAUGUUACUGAUGAGCCAAACAGAACCAAGGCGGCUGAAAAGAAAUAUAUCAUUUACAUCCCCAAUUAAAAUUAACGAUCCUUCUACAAUGUUCGAUAAUGUUCCAAAUAAUUCAUCGGUAGAAUGUGAUACUCAAAAACCACAAUUUAACAUAGAUAUACUAGCAAGUGUUGCUUCAAAACAGAAACCUCUUAGAGUAGAUAUAAAACAAGAUGAUGAAUAUUCUACAGUUACUCCAUCCGAUAAUCCCAAAAAUAAGCAAUCUCUGUUAAGCAUAUUAAAAGAAGAGGGAAAGUCAACCCACGAUAAAAUAAAACAGUUACCUUGUGAUCCACAAUUAAUAAACAUGGUAUCAGAUACUAGUUUUCAUACAAGUGAUGCUCAGUCAAAUUCAUUAUCUAUGAAAAAUAAAUGUAAAAAAAACAAGUUGAUUUCCAAAUCGCAUAAGUCGGGAAGAAAAAAGAAUUCAUAUGCUACUUCUUCAACUGCAAGUAAAAAAGUUACAGAUAUUAACAACAAAAAUGUGAAGCAAAAACGACAUGAAAAUUCACAAAAAGAAGAACUUAAACACAACAAAAAAUCUGUUACAAGGAAUUCUUCUCUAAGUAAGGAUAAAAAAAUUAAAGUUAUCAAAUCAAAAGAAAAAUCUCCUAAACUAAAAUAUGGGGCUAGUGAGGAAUAUAUUCCUGAGAAUUUUGAUUCUGAUGAUAGUUUACCUUUGAGUAUAAGGAUGAAGAAGAUUGAAUCAUCGCCUGGAGAAUAUACAAGUAUAAAAAUUAGUAAAAAGGAUCCUCCAAGCAGAAAUAGUUCCAGAAAGAGAAUUUCCAAGAAUAAAGGAUAUUCUAAAAAUAAACUAUCUAUUUUCCAGAAGAAAAAUGCAGCAAAAAAAAGAGAUGUUGAAUGCAAAAAUGAAAUUGGAACAAAAACAUCAAUUAUUUCGGAUAAAAUUGAUAAAAAUAUCACCAUUUCACCAGUUAAAGAAGAUCGAUCACGAAGAAUUGUUCAUUUCAAGAAAGCAAUGCUGGAAUUGAUAUCGCAAGACUUAGAUGAAAAUGUCAGCAAUAUUUCAAAUACUAAUGUACCAGAGACAAAUUUGAAUUCACUUAUUUCGAAUGAUAAUCAAAGAGACAGUAACAGCUCAUCAAUAAUUUCCCAUUGUGAAGGAAUCGUUAAUAACAAAAUUUCAUCUGCUUCAAGCUCUAUGAACAAUAUUGAGCCGGAAUUGUGGAACACUGCAUCUGAAACAAUUGUAGAAUAUAAAGUAAUUUCGAGUAAUCAGGAUAAUUUAUCUGCUAAUCUAAAUUGCUCCACAAUGAACCCUUCAAAUUCUUCUCCAAUUGUUGAAAGUCAUUUAAAUUCUGGAAAUAAUUCCGGUAAUUUGGAAAAGAAUUUCAUGAAUACCUAUAAAAAAACCGAUAAAGCUGUUGACAUUUCCUCAACACAUUCAGGUAAAAAUAUCCAAUGUGUUGCUGAAACUUCUGAUUCCAUCUCAAAUUUUAUUCCAUCUACAGUAAAAUCUGAAUUAAUAAAAACGAAAAUUAUCACCAAUGAAAAUUUAAAGGAAAAAGGAUGUCUUAAAUCAAAUAUUGGUAUGGCUGAUUCGUCUUUUCUCCCAAAACAUUCUGAAAAAGAAUCUACAGAAUUUGAUAAUCACAUUAAGUUUGACAAACCAAAUAAUAUUAAAGCAAUAGAACCAGAAAAUCAACUAGAUUUUAAAAUACAAUUUGUUUCACCCAAUACUGAAAACGAUUUAAUGGAAUCUUCAUCACCAAAAUCUCAAGAAAAGGUGAAAUCAAGAAAAAAUUCAAAGAAUAAACGUAUAAAUGUUGGAUUUGAUGAACCUCUGCUUGUAGAAACGGAGCAGUCUUGCCAACAAAAAGUAAAUAAAUUCAAAGAAAACGAUUCACAUAAAUCGUGUGAUUUAAAGGUAUCACUCCUUCUACCUGCUAAUCCAUUGUCAAAAAUUAAAAAUUCUGAAUUAACGUUUGAAGGAGAUAAACUACAUACAUCUUCAAGUUCUGAAUUGAAUUCAAAAGAUACACCUUCCCUAUCUAAAAACAGAAGAAAGACCAUAAAUAAAUCUAUAUCGCAAGAAAACUCAACAAAAGCUGAAUAUACUAAAAGUACCAUUGGCCAUGUUGAAGUGAAAAGCUUGAAAUAUUCUUCACCUUUGAAGGAAAAUGCCCAGGAUAAAAUUCUUGAACCUCCUCAAGACAUUGAGGAAAAACAAAAUGCAAAGCAAAAACGCAUUCCUAAAGAAGAUAAAAGUGUUACAUCAUCUCCAAAUAUUAUAGUAGAAGAAAAUCAUCAUCAUCAAAAUCAUAAAAUAUUUAAAAAGAAAACAAAGACCUUAUAUGAUACAAAGCAAGAACUGUCUUCAGAUAAUAGUUCUCUGAAAAUCAAAAAAAUAUCUGUUAAUGAAAAAGGAAAAACUUACAAAAAGUUAUUAAUUAAUAAGAAAAAAGGCAACGAUUCUGAUGUUCUGGGGUCAGGUAUGAAUAUAAUAAAGUGUCAGGAAGCUGAUUCUCAAAAGGUUAAAAAUGAAAAUACUCCGAAAUCUUGUAUUCUCAAAAUAUCCACUUCUGCUGAGAAAUAUGAUGCAAAAUGUGUAGAAAAAUCGGGAAGAUCUAAGAGAAAGAGAUCACAAAGUGAAACAUCUCCCGAAGACACAGAUGGAGUUGUUACUAAUAGAAAAAAGAGUAUGAGUAAUGAGAGAAAUCUCUGUGAAUCUUCAAAAACCAUUCUUAGUGGUAAAAAAUCUUGUUCAAAUAUGCUUCAAGAAAAGUUGAAUAUUGGAACAGAACUUGUCGAACAAGAGAUUGGUGAAUCAAUAAUUUUGAAAACAGUUACUGAAAAAAUAUUGGCACAUAGCCCUGGAACAAGAAACAACAAAGAUCCUUCAGAAGUAAUAGACAACAUUUCAAUUCUGCCUGAAAAAAUUCCAUUUGUUAAAAAGAAUGUAACCCGUCCAAAGCAGAAGACAUCCAAAAAAUUAUUUGAAGGAAAUAUUUGUAAGGACAACUUGGCAAGAGAAACUGGUAUAAUUUUAAGUGAAACAAAUUCGGAAUAUUCUGAUCAAAAUGAAGGAAAUAAGUUGUUCGAAAGUGUUGAACCAUAUUCACAACUUGAUGAAGAUUGGAAUGUAGGUCAGAAAUCAGUAGUUAUUGAAAUGAAAAUAACAGAAGGAAAUGAAGGAAACAAAUGUGAAGAAGAUAAUCAUGAAUGUGGAAAUGAAUCAAGUCAUUUUAGUUGUGAAGGAAAUACAAAAAUCUUCAAUGUAAUAAAAGAUAGUUCUGAUUUUUCUGUUCAAGUAAAUGUUGAUCAAAAAUCUACUGCUGAUGGUAUUGAAACUUCUAAAAUAAUUCAUAAUUCAUGCGAAAAAUUAGAAAAUGUAAUAAUUGAACUUAGCAAGAGUGAUGGAAGUGUUGAGAAAAAUCAAAUGAGCAAAGUUAAAAAUCAAACUCAAAAAUAUGGAAGUGGAAAAAAUGCACAUUCUAACUUUUUCAAAACUGAGGAAAACUAUCCCUCAACUACCAUAAAUCAAGAAAAAACAAUCAAUGCAGAUUUGUCAACAGAUAUUGAAAUCGAAUUGCAAAAAUCUAAAGUAGCUUCACCAAGUUAUAAAAAAGAUGAAUUAAUGAGUAGUUAUGAAUCAUCUCUUAAAGUAAAUGAUUAUGAAGAUUUAGCAGUUGAAGGCAUAAUUGAGACUGAAAUGCAAUCAUCUGAACCUGUUUUUUCAGGUGAGAAAAGCAUUAUAACACCAAGUAAUGUGAAACUAUCACUAAUAGCAGAUGAUCAUUCAGAACAUGUUUCAUUAGAAUUUGUUUCUACAAAUUACAAAAAAGAUGAAUCGAUAGAUUCUGAAAUACCUAUACAAACAGAUGAUUUGGAAAAUGUCAACCAAGAAUCAUCAGCUAACAAUAUAAUUGAAACUCAAAUCCAAGUAACUGAACAAGUAAGUCUAAGAGACAUAAAUGAUAAAUUGACAAAAAAUUCUGAAAUCCCUGUAUGUGAAGUUGCUUUUCCAAGUGACAAUAGAGAUGAAUCAACAGGUUACUCUGAAAUAAUAGUAGAUGCUCAUUUAGAGGGUGCCGUUAUCGAAGAUUCUACAGAUAAGCCAGUAGGUGAUUCGGACGACCUCUCAAAAUCAGAUGAAAAAUUAGAAGAUGUAAUUAAUGAGAAGUCAGAUGGUAACAUCAUCGAGACAGAAAUUCAAGAAUCUGAAGUAGUUCCCAGGAGUGAUGGAUAUACUAAAUUAGAUGAAUCUGAACCACUUCUAGAAGCUGACGUUCAAUUGGUUGAUGAUAGUGAAAACGAUUCAACACUUGAAAGCAAAAUUGAAAAUCAAAUCCACGUAUUAGGAUUAGUUCAUUCAAAUGACGAGAACGAUAAAGCAACAGGUGAUUGUGAAGUGCAACCAGAAUCAGAUGUCCAUUCGGAAAGUGUCAACCUCAAAGAUUUUUCUGUAAGCAACCAUAUUAAGGCUGAAAAUCAAGUAUCUGAAGCAGUUUGUCAUUGUAACAUAAAAGAUAAAACAAAAUAUACUGAAAUAUUACCAAAAUCAGUGGAUUGUUCGAAAAAUGAAUUGAAAAAUGAGAAUGAAAAUCUUUCUGAAGCUGUUUUUUCAUGGGAUGAAAAAGAUAAAUCUAGAAAUGAUUCUGAAAUGUUACAUAAGUCAGAUGAUGAUGUAAAAGAUGUCAUCAUCAAAGAUUUUUCUAUUGACAACAAUAUUGAAGAUGAAAUUCAAGUAUCUAAAGCAGUUGCUCUUUGUAACAAAAGAGAUGAAACAAAGCAUACUGAAAUAUUACCAAAAUCAGUGGAUUGUUCGAAAGGUGAGAUCAAUAAAGAUUUCACUGUUAACAACAUAAAUGAGAAUGAAAAUCAAUCUGAAGCCGUUUGUUCAUGGGAUGAAAAAGAUAAAUCUAGAAGUGAUUCUGAAAUGCUACAAAAAUCAGAUGAUGAAGUAAAAGAUGUCAUCAUCAAAGAUUUUUCUAUUGGCAACAAUAUUGAAGAUGAAACUCAAGUAUCUGAAGCAGUUUCUCUUUGUAACAAAAAAGAUAAAACAAAGUAUACUGAAAAAUUACCAAAAUCAGUGGAUUGUUCGAGAGGUGAAAUUAAUAAAGAUUUCAUUGUUAACAACAUAAAUGAGAAUGAAAAUCAAUCUGAAGCUGUUUGUUCAUGGGAUGAAAAAGAUAAAUCUAGAAGUGAUUCUGAAAUGCUACAAAAAUCAGAUGAUAUUCAAGUAUCUGAAGCAGUUUCUUCAUGUGACAAGGAAGACAAGUCCAUAAAGGAUAUCGAAAUACUACCAAAAUCAGAUCAUCCUUUAGAAGGUAUAAACACUGAAGAUUUCCUUGCAGGCAGCAUCAAUGAGAAUGAAAUUCUAUAUGAAGUUGUUUCUCUAAGUGGCAAAAAAGAUGAAUCAACAAGUGAUUUUGAAAUUAUACAAAAACCAGAGGAUCAUUUAGAAGAAGACAUGGAAGAUUUUUCCGUUGGUAUCAAUAAUGAGGCUGAAAUUCAAGUACAUGAAUCAAUUUCUCUAUGCGAGGAAAAAGAUGGUUCAACAAAGGACAUUGAAAUAUUACCAAAAUCAGAUAAUCAAUUAGAAGAUGCAAUCAAUGAUGAUUUCUGUGUCGACAAGAUCAAUGUGAGAGAAAUUGAAUCUGAAGCUGUUUCUCCAAGUGACGAAAAAGAUAAAUCAACAAGUGAUUCUGAAAUCUUAAAAAAUUCAGAUAAUCCCUCAGGAGAUGUAAUCAUUGAAGAUUUUCGUUUUAGCAACAAUAUUGGGGCUAAAAUUGAAAUAUCUGAAGCAGUUUCUAUAAGUGAUGAAAAAGAAGAAUUAACAAGUGAUUCUGAAGUGUUACAAAAUUCAAAUGAUCACUCGAAAGAUGUCAUCAUUGAAGAUUUUCCUGUUGCCAACAAUAUUGAAUCUAAAAUUCAAGUAUCUGAAGCAGUUUCUCUAUGUGAUGAGAAAGAUAAAUCAAUAAGUGACUCUGAAGUGUUACAAAAUUCAGAUCACUCAAAAGAUGUCACCAUUGAAAAUUUUCAUGUUAGCAGCAAUAAUGAGGUUAAAAUUCAAGUAUCUGAGGCAGUUUCUCUAUGUGAAGAAAUAGAUAAAUCAACAAUUGAUUCCGAAGUAAUAGAAAAUUCAGAUGAUCACUCAAAAGAUGUCACCAUUGAAGAUUUUCCUGUUGCCAACAAUAUUGAAUCUAAAAUUCAAGUAUCUGAAGCAGUUUCUCUAUGUGAUGAGAAAGAUAAAUCAAUAAGUAACUCUGAAGUGUUACAAAAUUCAGAUCACUCAAAAGAUGUUACCAUUGAAAAUUUUCAUGUUAGCAGCAAUAAUGAGGUUAAAAUUCAAGUAUCUGAAGCAGUUUCUCUAUGUGAAGAAAUAGAUAAAUCAACAAGUGAUUCUGAAGUAUUAGAAAAUUCAGAUGAUCACUCAAAAGAUGUCACCAUUGAAGAUUAUCCUGUUGCCAACAAUAUUGAAUCUAAAAUUCAAGUAUCUGAAGCAGUUUCUCUAUGUGAUGAGAAAGAUAAAUCAAUAAGUGACUCUGAAGUGUUACAAAAUUCAGAUCACUCAAAAGAUGUCACCAUUAAAAAUUUUCAUGUUAGCAGCAAUAUUGAGGUUGAAAUUCAAGUAUCUGAGGCAGUUUCUCUAUGUGAAGAAAUAGAUAAAUCAACAAUUGAUUCCGAAGUAAUAGAAAAUUCAGAUGAUCACUCAAAAGAUGUCACCAUUGAAGAUUUUUCUGUUGCCAACAAUAUUGAAUCUAAAAUUCAAGUAUCUGAAGCAGUUUCUCUAUGUGAUGAGAAAGAUAAAUCAAUAAGUGACUCUGAAGUGUUACAAAAUUCAAAUCACUCAAAAGAUGUCACCAUUGAAAAUUUUCAUGUUAGCAGCAAUAAUGAGGUUAAAAUUCAAGUAUCUGAGGCAGUUGUUCUAUGUGAAGAAAUAGAUAAAUCAAUAAUUGAUUCAGAAGUAUUAAAAAAUUCAGAUGAUCACUCAAAAGAUGUCACCAUUGAAGAUUUUCCUGUUGCCAACAAUAUUGAAUCUAAAAUUCAAGUAUCUGAAGCAGUUUCUCUAUGUGAUGAGAAAGAUAAAUCAAUAAGUGACUCUGAAGUGGUACAAAAUUCAGAUCACUCAAAAGAUGUCACCAUUAAAAAUUUUCAUGUUAGCAGCAAUAUUAAGGUUGAAAUUCAAGUAUCUGAGGCAGUUUCUCUAUGUGAAGAAAUAGAUAAAUCAACAAUUGAUUCCGAAGUAAUAGAAAAUUCAGAUGAUCACUCGCAAGAUGUCACCAUUGAAGAUUUUCCUGUUGCCAACAAUAUUGAAUCUAAAAUUCAAGUAUCUGAAGCAGUUUCUCUAGGUGAUGAGAAAGAUAAAUCAAUAAGUGACUCUGAAGUGUUACAAAAUUCAAAUCACUCAAAAGAUGUCACCAUUGAAAAUUUUCAUGUUAGCAGCAAUAGUGAGGUUAAAAUUCAAGUAUCUGAGGCAGUUUCUCUAUGUGAAGAAAUAGAUAAACCAACAAGUGAUUCCGAAGUAUUAGAUAAUUCAGAUGAUCACUCAAAAAAUGUCACCAUUGAAGAUUUUCAUGUUGGCAGCAAUAUUGAAUCUAAAAUUCAAGUAUCUGAAGCAGUUUCUCUAUGUGAUGAGAAAGAUAAUUUAACAAAGGAUGCUGAAAUAUUACCUAAAUCCGAUCAUCAAUUAGAAGGUGUAAUCAUUGAAGAGUUCCCUGUUGACAACAUCAAGGAGAAUGAAAGUCAGUCGGAAGCUGUUUCUCCAAGUGACAAAAAAGACAACUCUACAAGCGAUUAUGAAGUGAUACAAAAAUUAGAUGAUAAUGUAAAAGAUGUUAUCACUGAAGAUUUUUCACUGGGCAAUAAUAUUGAGGCUGAAAUUAAAGUAUCUGGAACUGUUUCUCUAUGUGACGAAAAAGAUAAAAGAACAAAGGAUAUUGAAACAUUGUCACAUUCAGAUGAUCAUUUAGAAAAUGCAAUCAUUGAAGAUUUCCCUGUUGACAACAUCAAUGGGAAUGAAAUUGAAUCUGAAGUUGUUUCUUCAACUUGCGAAAAAGAUAACUCUACAAGCGAUUAUGAAGUGGUACAAAAAUCAGAUAAUCACUCAGGUGUAAAAGAUUUUUCUCUUGGCAACAUCACUGAGACUGAAAUUCAAGUAUCUGAAGCAAUUCCUUCAAGUGAAAAAGAUAAAUCAAGUGCUUCUGAAUUUCUACCAAAACCAGAUGGAAAUUCAGAAGAUGUUAAUCAUGAAGAUUUUGGUAUCAACAGGACCAUUGAAACUAUCCAAAUUUCUGAAGCAAUUUUACUCAAGAAUCAAAAACAUAAAUUGGCAAGUGAUUCUGAAGUACUCCCAAAACCAGAUGAAAAUUCAGAAGAUAUAAUUCGUCAAAAUUUUGAUGUUGGAAACAUUAUUCAAAAAGUCCAAAUAUCUGAAAGUGACCAAAAGGAUAUAUCAAUAAGUGAUUCUGAAAUGUUACCAAAAUUGGAUAAUCAUUUAAAAAAUGUUAUUAAUGAAAAUGUUGCCGUUGGCAAUGAAAAAGAUAAAUUACCAAGAGAAACUGAAUUAACGUCGACACCAGAUGGUUGUCCAUAUAUUUCAAAGUCAACUUAUUUAAAGCAACCCAUCAUUCAGAACAUAGUAGGCAUUGAAUACGGAGCAAAUGAAAAAUAUUAUUUCAAUGCAAAAAAAGAUAUGCUAGUGGAUACAAAGUGGGGAAGAUGUUCACUGGUUGAUGAAUCAAAAAAUCUUCCUUUAAAGGAGCUGACAGCUGAUACUUCAUCACAACAAAAACUUGGUAAUGUACGAAUUUCAAUUCCGAAAAAAUCACUGUUAAUGGAUCAGACAAGUGAAAUUAUGAAGUUACCAAACAAUAAAAGGAAACACUUUGAAGGGCAGGAGGAAACAGACACAUUUAUUGUAUCUAAGAAAUGUAAUACUGAAAUCAUCCUUAACAAAGAAGAAAAAUUAUCAGAAAAUGAAACAAGUCUCAAGAUCUUUCAUCAAUCUGGUGAAAAGUUACCUUUGAAUGAAUCAGAACCUGAAGAAAAUGAGCAAUAUGUUUUGCAGGUCCCACCAAACGUUCUACAAGAAACUGUUGAACAUUCAAAAAAUGACGCAUCCAACCCAAUUAAAUAUCAAGAAACCAUUCCGGUCACUGAAUGCCCUCUACCUUUGGAUACUAUUAAUCUAAGAACUGAGGGCAUGCUUGUAUUAAAUGAAGAAAGAUUAAUUUCCAGUGAAAAUAUAAGUAAUAGUUGUAAGCUAUCGACGUCUAAAAAUUUAGAAAUAUCUAUUGAUUCAAAAGCAGAGAAUAACAUGCAACCCUCAGAAAUAGAUAUUCCAGAAAUUAAGUCUUCAAAAACUAAAAGCAGUUGCCAUUCAACUGAAAAGAUUAAUAUUAAUACAGAUAAUUUCCAAGAAAACCACACUUCCACUGAGAUCACUAAAAAAUGCCUUGAAUAUGUAGAAGUUACAAAAGAACCCGAACAUGCCCUAAAUCUUUCAUUACAUAAAAGUGAAAUGUGCAGUACUGAAGGAAAAACUUCAGUUGAAGAACAAUAUUUAUUUUCAUCUAUAUGUCAAGAAACACCUGAAGUUCACUGUCUGAACCCACCCAAGAAUGAAUUAAGCUUUUCCAUAGAAAAAAUGCUACAGCCUUGCUCUAAAAACCAACAAAAGAAAAAUUGUGAUAACUUGCAGAAUAUGACAAAAAUUGAAACCUCUAAACAACUCAAUUCUAUUAUUGUAUCAGAGGAGCAAGCAAACAAAGGUAGUGUGUGCACCAACGUAAUAUCAGACACAUUUAAACAUCCAAAUCUGUUGAAUUACAAUAAUUUAGGAAUAAAAAAAACUAAAAGCACUUCACUAGGCGAAAUAGAAGAAAUGAAACAAAUUAAUGAGAAAGAAAAACCAAAUUCGAAAUUCAAAAUGGAGGAAAAUCGAAAAGUAAUUGUAGAAAGGGUUUAUUCAAUGGAUGAAUUAGCUGUUGGUACACCCAUUAGUCCAUGUUUGAACAUCUGUAGUGCGCCCAUAUUACCAAUCAGCACAGAAUUCAUUCCUUAUAGAUAUGGUAUCUACAAUACAGUAAUUCCUACAGCAGAAAAAACUAUUGUGAAUGAUUCCUGUUUCCAUUCUAGGAAUGAAGGGACCUCAAACAAAAAUACUAUUAACCUUGAUGCAAGAAUCAAGACGAAAACUGUUUAUGAAGAAAAAGACACUAAAAAAGAAACUUCCAUUCUUGAGAAAGAAAUUAAAUCCAUUGUAGAAAAAAAGAAAAUUGCAGAUACAAAAAUUCUAAAAUCCAAAUAUAAAACCUUAGUUGAAACAACUGUUCCUUGCAAAUCUGAAAAUGACAUUGAAAUCAUUCAAGUAGAAGGUCAAAAUGAUACUGCAUCUGAGAUUCAGAAAUUUGGACAUUCGGUGAAAAUCCAAAAACCUAAAAAUAAAACUGAAAACCUUGAUCGAGUCACAAUUAACGUGGAUAAACCUAUUUUAUCAAACCAGAAUAAUAAAAAUUCACAUGCCGGUGAUGUACAGCAUACACCAAGUCCUUCACUUUCUUUCAUUUCUACUCAAAAUAAGCCAGAUCAAGUGGGACAGUUUGAUACUUUUAUGAAGAAAACAAAUGACAAAAAAAAAUUAUCAUCUGAAAAUAUUGAUAACGCUAAUAUUUUUGAUGAUCAUUGCUCUAAUGAUAUUUUCAAAAGUGAAAUUAAUCACAAGACAAAGAAAUCCAGAAAAUGUAGCAAGUCUAUUUUAAGUUGCUCGAAAUCAAAAGAACUGGUUGGAAAAUCAAAACAUCAUUCAAGUGAUCAAGGUUUACAUCUUGACAAAUUCAAUGGUCUCAAUACCAACCUGAAAAAAUCUACAAAUAUUUUGAAUGAAUCUUUGAGUUUGAAGCCAUUGAAUGAAAUGAAUCCCAUUUCACAAUCUGUGAAAUUGAAUGAAGAUUCUGGAAAUAAAAUUUUUAUUGAAAAUAUAAACCAGCAACAGAAUAUUUCAGUGAAAUCCUCUACAAGUUCUACUUUCAAUAUGGAGCAAGUAGGAGCUGAUAGUAAGACAGUUGGACCUAGAAAACAUCUGAAUGAUUCGAGUUUGGAAUCAAACAGAAUAGAAACAAUAAGAGCAAACUAUCCUCCAACACAAGUUUCUUCUUUGUUAAAUAGUAAUAUGGAACAUCCAGAACUUUCAGAUAGCUUUGUCAAUAAAGUUGUGGUUCAGUCAAGUGAUUCUGAAGGAAUGGAAAGUUUUCUAACAAGUUUUCAAUCUGCUAUAACUAUAGCUCAGAGUCUUCAAGGUAGUUUUUCAUUAUUCUCAGACAACUCUGAUAAUAUACAAUUCGCCCAACAGAAUCAAGUACAAAAUGAAGAAAUUCUACAUGCUGAUUUUCAAGAGAAGGCCGUUCUGCCUAUAAACCAACCCGAAGUGUUUUUAAACAACAGAUUGAACCUGCCACAAAGUACACCUAUAAGAUCACAAGGAACUUCUCAAGCAGAUGAAUCAAUAUUUAACAUGUCAGAUGAUAUUUUCGAUUUUGAUUUCAACAAUGUUAAUCAAACUGCAUCAGGCAGCACCUAUUCAAAUUCAUUUGUGAAUGGAACAAUGUCGAGUGAAAACCUACAAAUGAUUUUUGAUAAUCCAGAGUUCCUACAUCUUUUAUAUAACCUUAAUGAUGUAGGGUGUGAAGUAACUGUAGAUAAUACAAAUGUAGAAGAUAUGGCCGCAAAACCCGCCGAGUACAUUGCUUCAGAACUGAUCCAAGAACAAUUAGAAAUCCCACCUUUCAUCGCAGAAGAGGAAUUCGAUUCAAAUGCUCCUACUGAUCCAAUGGUGGGUGGUCAAAAAGAACUUGUCCCUGACCCCAAACAAGAUUCGACUCUUGAUGAAGUUCCUUUUCCAGAAAGUGCAUUAUCAUUUGAUGAAGAAAUGAUGCAUCGUUAUGCUUUGUUCUUACAUUGUGAUGUUAAUUCAACAGGACAAUCAUCUGCUGCUGACCAAUUAAAUCAAACAAAAAAUUUGGAAGAGCCUGCUGAAAAUUCUAUUGUUCAAUCAGGCAGUAAACAGAAUUCUGAAUAUGCAUUGAUAGAUCAAAAAACCUCAAAUUAUGUAGAUAAAAUAACACCAGUCAGAGAAAAGUCACUGGCUAAUAGUUCUAAAGUGGAUAUUAAGAAUAAUCAUUCUGCUACUUCACCAACACAAGAAACUGCGAACAUUACUCUUCGUGCACAGGAAACUAUCAGGAGUUUACGCAAUUCAAGUCUGAGUACAUUAUCUCCUAAUAGUUCAUCAGAAUGUAACAAAUCUUCCAAUAAAACUAUAGGAAAAAAACCCGUAAAAGUUCAAAAAAUUCCUGCUAGUAAAUAUGCACCUCCAAAAAAGCAAAGAAACCAAAAUGCGCAUCAAACUAAAAAACCAAAAGAGAAAGCUGAAUCCAAACUAUCUAAAACUUCUCUUAAUGAAAAAGGAAAAAAUUUGACUUCAGAUCUGGAAUUCAAUAACUCUCUUGAUAUGCCUGAACUCUUCAGUCCAAACGAAACAUCAUAUAAGAGUAAAUCAUUACCUUCCAUUCAUAAUAGGAGUAAAACUGAUUCUAAAACUCGUAAAUUGGAAGGACAGAGUAUUAAGAAAUCUGAAAAACUUCCUGAGGAUGAUUCCUCCCUACAAAUGCAAUAUAAUAUGUAUGAUCGAACAAAAGCAAUGAAAAGAAAUGCGGCUAUGAGAGAAAAUUACUGUGAAUUUUUUGACGAUGUUUCAUCCUCUUCAAAUAAAAAUAAGAAGCGGAAAAUAUCUAUCAAGGUAGAACCAGGUAACCACACUAACUUCCCAAAUGUUAAAGAAGAAAUUUCAGAAAAACAAAAUUCACUGAAUGAGUAUGAAAGUCAGACUAAGAAAAUAAAAAUUGAAGAUACUGUUAAGCAUGAAACAUGUGAAACCAAAAACGUUGCUUCUAUGCCUUUAGGUGUGCAACAUCCUCAUGUGGUUCGUGAUUUGAAUGCAGAAUUUGAUAAACUAAAAAAUAGUGGUCCAUAUAAAUCCACUGGCUCCAAAAAUAUUAAGUACACCAGAACAGAUCGCAUUUUAAGAAGUGCUCAAGAAGCAUGUAGCUCUCACUAUCAAGCAUCCACAAGCUCACACCAUAACUAUGCUGACUGUGGAAAUAGAGAGGACCGUGAAAAAAGAGAGAACACUGAAUGUUAUAGAAAGAGCGAAGACUUGAGAAGAAAACCUAAAGCUCCAGAAUGGUCUCGUUCCCAAUACCCUCGAUCAAGUGCGUAUACAUCAACUUCAAGUGAUUAUCGCAGAGAAACCUCCAGACGAUCAAAGCCGUUGGAAACGAAAAGAAAUGACGCAUGGCAUGGGAGAGAACCUUAUAUACCUUCUGAUGAAAGGAGAAGAAUGUUCGAAGGACAUAAUUCUAGAGACGUACACAGGAAAGUAGACCGUAAUAACAAGCCUUCAUCCAGUCGGACUUCUAUGAGUCAGUCUCAACAGAAAUCAGAUUCCAAAAAUGGGGAAGAAUGGUUCAAGAAGUUGGAUGAGUUGUGGCCACUUGAAAGAAAUGUUUAUCAAAGUACAGGUCACUAAUCAACUGGCAAGAAUAGUAUAGGAUUUUUUAUUGAUGUACAUAUUAUCUGUAUAUAAAAACUAUAUGUGAAUUAUAUUGUGAAUAAUUAUUAUUGUUGUGAUUAUCUUAUACAAUAACGAUGUAUUUACUUCUUGAUUAUUUUAAGUAGCUAUUUUAUUUGUAUAGUGUAUGAUGUGAAAAAUAUUAUUUAUGCUAAUGUUAUUCUAUUAAUAAAUGCUAUUACUAUA